AUUAGGACAAGCAUAGCACAUAGAAUAGGUGUUUGUGUGUGUAUGCGUGUGUGUGAAUGUUGUCAAGCGUGGAUAACAUUUACGUGUUGGUGUGUGUGUGGAACAAUGUGUAGAAGUGGACAACAAGAGGACAUGGACGGACAGUCAGAGAUAAGCGAGUAACAGGAAGAGUUAACAAUGAAGAUACACAAGACGCGGACAACAGGGCACGCGACGAGAAACACGAACAAUUGGAUGGCGCUCAAAACACUCGCUACCACCAACAAUUGGUGACCCCGGAGUGACAAGGACAAGGGUAGACGAAAACAUUUCACAUGAAUACACUUAUUAAGUCUAUGCUUGCAGCGUCACGCUGUCACUGCUCCUUAGUGUGUGGCAGCUAGAGAUUACUAUUAUCUUAUGUCCUUGGUCUUUUGUCCUUUCUCUCAUCAUGUUCUGCUGUGUCAUGGUGAGGCCCCAACCCUGGCACUGUUUGACACCUCUUGCUUUAAAAGGUUGGCAUCCUGAUACUGUUGGUCAUGGCCGCACAUUUCGUUUUGUCGUCCACAACCCCCGCAGCGCCUCAUCUCAUCGGGAAAAUUUCUCUGUCUUGUUAAUCACAUGUAGCAGACAAGUGAAAGUGCCUUGAGGAGGUGCGGGCGUGACCUUCUGUUCUGUUGUGGACUUUUCUCCCUGACACCAUGUUAAGCCAAGGCAACAUAAGUUCUGCAGGGAAUUGUGAGCGGCGCAACGCCAUCCCUGUCAUCUACACCAGCGGAACAUACUACGAAGUGGGCUUUGAUGUGGGACGCACCUUCCGGGGCCUCAUCCAGGAUUAUCUGGCGUCGUCCGUGUGGCUCCGGGAAACACUUCUUCCAGCUUAUGAGACAGAGGCUGGGCGGGCCGCCUAUGACGAAACCCUUCCAGUCUUGAAGGAGAACUUUCCACAGUACCUCAGGGAGCUGCAGGGCACGGCAGAUGGGGCUCAAGUUCCCUUCCUCCACCUGGUCCUGCUGCACAUGGACAGGAUCAUGACCAUGGCGGGCCAGGUGGAGCAGCAGCCGUGCAGCAGUGACCUCAACGGCUGUUCCGACCUCAGCAUCAACAGGGAAGACCAGGUGUUGCUGGGCCACACAGAAGACACAUUCGAAGAGAUGAUGAACUACCUGUACCUCGUGUCCGCCACCAUCAGCGAGGAGGCGCCGGAGGGGAGGUUGGGCACGCGGACAGAGAGCUUCACGGCACUCUGCUACUCCGGACACCUGCCGGGAGUCUGCCUCGGCUACAACCGCCACGGCCUGGUCUCCGCCAUCAAUGAUAUCGUCCCUCUGAAGGUCUUCCCCGCCAGGACCCCGCCUCAUUUCCUUUGCCGGGCGCUGCUGAGCGCCACGUCCGUGGAGGCGGCGCACGACAUCCUGAGGGACCGCGGGACUGGAGGAGCCGACGGCUUUGGCGUCAACAUGAUCUUCAUGAGGCCGGAUGGUGGUCACGUCUUCCAGAACGUGGAGGUGGGGACGGCUGGGGAUGAGAACCCGCUGUCCAUUGUGACGCUGAGUGUCGGCGAACACUACUUCCACGCCAACAGGUACCUUCACCUGACAGGCAUCCCGGAGAAGAGUGGUCCUCCCGAGGCCAGCAGCGAGCACCGAGAGGUCCGCGCAAGCCAGUUCCCGGCCCCCAAAAACCUGGCGGAUCUGCUGGAGGUGCUAUCAGACACCAAAGACCCUGUGUUCCCCAUCUUCAAGGAGAAACCCCAACUGACCCCCAGCUCGACCCUGGCCCUUGGUGUGUUUGAUUUGGUCAAGAAGACGUUGGCUGUAUGGAUGAAGAACCCUCGGAAGGCUGGGCCCGUCAUGGAGAUUCCCCUACACUUCAACUGAACCACCUGAGCUCAGCCAUUCCUCUAAUAUAGACAGAAAAACACAGCUGACGACAAUUUGACAAACAACAAAACAUUAAUUUCCACAAGAAUGCACUACGUGACAGGGUUUGACUCAAAGCUGAAAAGUCUAUUUCAGAGACACUGGCUUUUCAUUUAUGGA